GUUCUGUGUUUGAAUAAUUUCGAAUGAAAAUAAUUUCGAAUAGUACAAUACUAAACUUGGUAGAAAUGAAAUUUUCAAAGUACAAGUGAGAAGUUUAUAAGAAAUAUCUCAGAGUAGCACCUUCAUUGAUAGAUAUAGGUGCAGAAUUUUUUGAAAUAUGGAGUCCGGAGAUAAAUUAAUACCAGAUUCACCCAUAGUAGAAUUGAAAAAUAAAAAACAGGAGGGUAAUGUUUCACAUAUUUCUAUAAAGGAAUUUCUGAAUUUUUUGAAAACUGCUUAUCAGGUACAAGAUAGUGUUGAAGGUAUACUUAUAUCUGGUGGUAUGUCAGAAGCAGUAAAUUGGCUCAAGAGAAAAGAAAACCAAAUGAUAUUGAAAAAAAAUAGUAUUUGCUGUCAAACUUCAGACAUAUAUUUACAAGAAGAUAAGAAAGAAGUGGUUCGUAAACAAAGUGUUGUGAGUUGUUUGUCAGAUGCAGAUCCACUCAAGAUGAAACUUAACGAAGUAUUAUCUGAAGGUCUACUAGAUUCUGUAUUACCUUAUUUGGUGCAGAACGUAACUUCGUCAAAAAAAAGUUUACCCCCAAAAGGAAAUGAUAGGACUCUCAACAGUCAGUCUGGUGCUUUGGUGCAUGUUGUAUCUAGCGAAAAAAUUGUUUCAAGAAGAAGGUCUAGUGAUGUAGUACUGAAAACUCUAGUUUCCAAAACUGACUCCGAAGUGGAAAUUCAUGUUUGUGAUGAAGUUAAAAAUACGAAGAAAACAUUCUUUUGCAAUCAGAACCUAUUGGUUGGAAAAAUGGGAUAUUUUGCCGAAGUAACACAAGGGCAACGCCUCGAAGAUAUGGAUAUUUCAGUCCACUGUGACAUAGGUAUAUUUGAAUGGUUGAUGCAGUGGGUGAAAAGAGACAGUUUAAAUGAGGGUGAUACCCCUCACCUUGACCCACAGUGUGUGAUUCCAAUACUUGUAUCUGCGGCCUUUUUGCAAAUGGAACCAUUAUUGAACACUUGCUUACUUUUUUGCCAUGAACAUUUGAAUGAAAUCCUUAGAACUAGUACGAAUUUGUCUUGUUUGAAUGACUCUGUUCUAACAAGAUUGGCUGCAAUGUACACAAACACAGAAGUGGAAGCAAUAAAAGAUAGAAAAGACAAAAUUCAAUCCCGGUUAUUUACAAAGCUUAUCCAGUCUUUGGCAGAACCUGAACCCGAAAGUGUCAGAGGUCAUUGGUGCUCUCUUGCAAGAGUUUUUCAGUGUGAGAAGUGCCAGCUACUAAUUACUCCCGAUGUUGCUGCUAAAAUACCUUGUAUACCCCAGUGCAUGCGCUUACAGCCAGACGGAUCCGUCAUAAGUUUACAUAUCAGAGAUCCAUCUUGGAAUAUAAAUGCAUAUAUUUUGAAGCUACAGAAGCAAUUGAAAACAUGGCGUAAAAUCUAUUGGCGGCUCUGGGGCGAUGCACACUUUCUCUUUUGUGUAACGUGCAAAAGAUACUUUCCUUCAAACCAAAUUGGUUGGUGUAGGUUCCAUCCAGAUACACCACAAUUUUUUACACUGGAUGCCCAGAAAGCCCCACUACCUAUAGGAAGGUUUCCUUGCUGCGGUGAAAGGGCUUAUAGAUUUCAGUUGCUUGAGAACUUUUCAGGAUGUCAGUUUCGACAGCAUAUGGUUUGUACUGAGGAUGUAAGAGAUUCAGCAAUAUUCAGCAUGUUAGAAUCAUACAGACAUCUCAUAGAAGAGGAGCCUCCUCAGCUAUUGUUUCCCGAAAGAUUAACUAGACUAGUGGCAAGAGAUCCAGCAACAACGGAGAAGAAAUUUAUUUGCAAAGAAAUCUUUUGGUGGGAUGGUUUGGAAAUAAUACCACCUCGCCCAAAACUAGGUCUACUGAGUAGUUUUGCGAACAGAGUGGAAGAAGAUAUCACUGAAGAAGACAGUUCCGACGAAGUUUCAGAGGAGGAAUUCUCUUCUCUAUCUUCAUCAGAUAGUGAAGAAGGAAGUGUUGAAUGCAAUCCACCUCGAAAUGAAGUAGUGAGGAAGAAAAAGAAACGAAACACCGAAUCAAAAAUGUGGCAACAUAAUUUAUCUGCUAGAAGUAAUCAGGACGUUCAGAGGGCCUAUGAAGAAAAUGCAGUUAAACAAAUGACUGCUAUUUUGAAUAGGAAUGUAAUAAACGAAAACGUUGGUAGAAGUGGUAAAAGUACAAUGAGAAAUGCCAUACCACUAGGAGGUAUUUGGGUUCGUCUCGAAACAGACUGGCGAGAAAGUCAAAACUCUUUACAACCAAAAACAAAAAAUGUCUUCACUGCUGGAAAAUACAACAAAUUCAAAGGAAAAUGAAAUUUUUCUACCAAGUAGUAACUUUGUAACUGAUUCAAUUAAAACGCAUACAAUCCAGA